AUGAGCGUACGUCCGUCUCUCGUCCCCAUCUUUACCCUUCUCACUUUCAUCACAGCUCUCCAGAUCUCUCCUCCGUCCGCCCGACCAAUCGCCUCUUCCUCCCGACUCGCCCUCCGCUCCUUCUCCUCAUCCCGCCCCUCUUUCGCCGAGCCUGAAGCCGCCGCCCCCGUAUCCCCCAAGAUCGCCCCCAUCGUCGAGACCAUCUCUACAUUGAGUCUUUUGGAGGUUUCUGAGCUCGUUUCUGCCCUCAAGACAAGAUUGAACAUCACCGAGAUCGCCAUGCCCGCCGCCUCUGCUGCCGCCGCGCCCUCAGCAGCAGCUGCCGAAGCCCCGGUCGAGGAGAAGCCCAAGGAGAAGACUAUUUUCACCGUCAAGCUCGAAAAGUUUGAUGCGGCUGCAAAGGCAAAGAUUAUCAGGGAGGUCAAGGCUAUGUUGCCCAAUAUGAACUUGGUUGAGGCCAAGAAAUUCGUCGAAUCCGUGCCCCAAACCCUCAAAGAGAACGUUCCCAAAGAAGACGCCGAGAAGCUCCAAAAGACGCUGCAAGAUCUGGGCGCCACCGUUACUUUGGCUUAA